UUGACAAUAUGGGUGCCAUCACUUACGAUAUGGAGAUUCCUUCUUCGGUCCCGGCUUCGAAGAUGUUUAAGGCCAUCGUUCUUGAUGCAGACACGCUCAUUCCGAAGAUAAUGCCACAUGCUAUAAAAAAUGUGGAAAUAUUGGAGGGAGAUGGUACUUGUGCUGGUACGGUCAAGAUCAUCCAUUUCGGAGAAGGCAGCAAAUUUAAGAGCGUGAAGCACCGUGUUGAUGCUCUCGAUGCGGAGAAUAUGACGCACAGCUACAGCAUUAUUGAAGGAGAUGCUUUAAUGGGAGUCGUCGAAUCGAUCACUUAUCAUAUUAAGAUUGUUCCGACUGAAGACGGAGGCUGCAUCUGCAAGAACCGAAGCAUUUACAAUGUGAAGGGAGAUGGUCAUGAGAUUACCGAAGACAAAAUAAAGGAAGGCAAAGAGAAAGCCAUGACUAUGUUCAAGGCUAUCGAGGCUCACCUCCACUCCAAUCCCGAUUACUAAAACACCAGCUACUUGGCCUUGGUUUUAAUAUUAUUAUUACAUUGUGUGACAUGGUGUGAUUUCUUGGCUUUUUGAGUUUUGCGUUAUACUUUCUGCGUAUCAAUAAGUUGGAUUUUGCUGUAAUUUCUCUCGUUCAAGGGCGUUUUUAUUAUUUUAUAAGUUUGGUGUACUUAAAAGUA